AGCAGUGAUAGUGCAGAUUCUUCCUCGGUUGAAUCUACUUCUAUACUCUCUUCGUUAUUUCUCACAAUGUCUGACGGCGGAGGUGUCGACGACAGCACAGGCACUAUGGAAGUGUCUGCUGCUGUCCAGACGGUUGCCGAUACCUCGGUGCUGCAGAAGCAUAUUCGCAAACUUGUCCCUUUGCUGCUGGAAGAUGGCGGCGAAACCCCGGCCUCUCUGGAAACCGCCCUAGAAGAAAAGAGUGCGGUUGAACAGAUGAGGAAAUUUCUGUCAGAUCCUCAAGUGCACACCAUCCUUGUAGAAAGGACCACACUCAAAGAGGAUGUUGGAGAUGAAGGUGAGGAGGAGAGAGAGUCAGUGUCCUACAACAUCAGCACUGACAUACGCUAUGGGCUUAAAUCGAACAGCCUUGCUUUCAUUAAGAGAACCGGCGUCAUCGACGCAGACAAACCGAUAUCGACACAAGUGCGGGUGCUGACCCUGAGUGAAGACUCUCCUUACGAGACCCUGCACUCGUUCAUCAGCAAUGCCGUCGCUCCCUUCUUCAAGUCCUACAUACGGGAGUCUGGCAAAGCCGACAGGGACGGAGACAAGAUGGCUCCGUCGGUGGAGAAGAAAAUAGCGGAGUUGGAGAUGGGUUUGCUCCACCUGCAGCAGAACAUCGAGAUUCCGGAGAUAAGUCUCCCCAUUCACCCCAUUAUCACGAACAUCGCCAAGCAGUGCUACGAACGCGGGGAGAAACCCAAAGUUACCGACUUCGGAGACAAAGUGGAAGAUCCGACCUUCCUCAACCAGCUUCAGUCUGGAGUCAACCGCUGGAUCCGGGAAAUUCAGAAGGUGACCAAACUGGACCGUGACCCUGCCUCUGGGACCGCUCUGCAGGAGAUCAGUUUCUGGCUGAAUUUGGAGCGGGCCCUGAACCGUAUCCAGGAGAAACGCGAGAGUCCGGAGGUUUUGCUGACUUUGGACAUCCUCAAACACGGCAAGAGGUUUCACGCCACAGUCAGCUUUGACACAGACACUGGUCUGAAGCAGGCAGUGGAGACGGUGAAUGACUACAACCCUCUGAUGAAGGACUUCCCCCUCAACGACCUGCUCUCUGCCACAGAGCUGGACAAGAUCCGUCAGGCGCUGGUGGCUAUUUUCACCCACCUGCGAAAGAUUCGGAACACCAAAUACCCCAUCCAGCGUGCCCUGCGUCUGGUGGAAGCCAUCUCACGAGACCUCAGCUCUCAGCUCCUCAAAGUCCUGGGCACGCGCAAACUCAUGCAUGUGGCCUAUGAGGAAUUCGAGAAGGUGAUGGUGGCGUGCUUCGAGGUGUUCCAGACCUGGGAGGACGAGUACGAGAAGCUGCAGGUGCUCCUGAGGGACAUCGUGAAGAGGAAGAGGGAGGAGAAUCUGAAGAUGGUGUGGCGUCUAAGCCCCGCCCACAGGAAGCUGCAGGCACGCCUGGACCACAUGAGGCGCUUCAGGAGGCAACACGAACAGCUUAGGGCUGUCAUCGUCCGCGUCCUCAGACCUCAGGUGUCCGCAGUCCCACAGCAUGCCCCGGGCGAGACAGUGGAACCCCCAGACAUGAAGGUGGCCGAGGUCCUGUUCGACGCAGCCGACGCCAACGCCAUUGAGGAGGUGAACCUGGCCUACGAGAACGUGAAGGAGGUGGACGGUUUGGACGUGUCGAAGGAAGGCGUGGAGGCCUGGGAAGCCGCGAUGAAACGCUACGACGAACGCAUCGAUCGCGUGGAGACCCGCAUCACCGCCCGCCUCCGCGACCAGCUGGGCACCGCCAAGAACGCCAACGAGAUGUUCCGCAUCUUCUCCCGCUUCAACGCGCUCUUCGUGCGCCCGCACAUCCGCGGCGCCAUCCGCGAGUACCAGACGCAGCUCAUCCAGCGCGUCAAGGACGACAUCGAGUCUCUCCACGACAAGUUCAAAGUGCAGUACCCUCAGAGUCAGUCCUGUAAGAUGAGCCACGUGCGUGACCUUCCGCCCGUCUCCGGCUCCAUCAUCUGGGCCAAGCAGAUCGACAGGCAGUUGACGGCUUACAUGAAGCGUGUGGAGGACGUCCUGGGGAAAGGUUGGGAGAACCAUGUCGAAGGCCUGAAGCUGAAGCAGGACGGAGACAGCUUCCGGGCCAAGCUCAACACCCAGGAGAUCUUCGACGACUGGGCCCGCAAGGUGCAGCAGCGCAACCUGGGCGUCUCGGGACGCAUCUUCACCAUUGAGAGCAGCCGCGCCCGCGGUCGCACCGGGAACAUGCUGAAGCUCAAGGUCAACUUCCUGCCUGAGAUCAUCACCCUGUCCAAGGAAGUCCGCAACCUGAAGUGGCUGAGCUUCCGCGUGCCGCUGGCCAUCGUGAACAAAGCCCACCAGGCCAACCAGCUCUACCCAUUCGCCAUCUCUCUCAUCGAGAGUGUCCGCACCUACGAGAGGACCUGCGAGAAGGUGGAGGAGCGCGCCUCCAUCUCUCUCCUGGUGGCCGGUUUGAAGAAGGAGGUGCAAGCCCUUGUCACCGAGGGUAUCGCUCUGGUGUGGGAGUCCUACAAACUGGAUCCGUAUGUUCAGCGUCUGGCUGAAACGGUCUUCAACUUCCAAGAAAAGGUGGAUGACCUUCUCCUGAUCGAGGAGAAGAUUGACCUUGAGGUCCGUUCUCUGGAGACCUGCAUGUACGACCACAAGACCUUCGCAGAGAUCCUCAACCGUAUCCAGAAGGCUGUCGACGACCUCAACUUGCACUCUUACUCCAACCUGCCCAUCUGGGUCAACAAACUGGACAUCGAGAUUGAGCGGAUCCUUGGAGUCCGUUUGCAGGCUGGGCUGAGGGCCUGGACCCAGGUUCUGAGGGGUCAGAUGGAGGACAAGGCCGACGUGGACAUGGACACUGAGGCUCCACAAGUCAGCCACAAACCCGGAGGAGAACCAAAAAUCAAGAAUAUUGUGCACGAACUGAGGAUCACAAACCAGGUGAUCUACCUGAACCCUCCCAUCGAAGACUGCCGCUACAAACUCUAUCAGGAGAUGUUCGCCUGGAAGAUGGUGAUCCUUUCCCUGCCCAGGAUCCAGAGCCAGAGAUACCAGGUCGGUGUUCACUACGAGCUGUCUGAGGAAGAGAAGUUCUACAGGAACGCGCUGACCAGGAUGCCAGAUGGACCAGCAGCCUUAGAGGAUGCCUACAAUGCAGUGAAAGACACUGUUUCUGAAGUGGAGAAGUAUGUCAAGGUGUGGCUGCAGUAUCAGUGCCUGUGGGACAUGCAGGCUGAGAACAUCUAUAACCGACUGGGUGAGGAUCUCAACAAAUGGCAAGCCCUGCUGGUGCAGAUCCGCAAAGCCAGAGGCACCUUCGACAACGCCGAGACCAGGAAGGAGUUCGGCCCGGUCGUAAUCGACUACGGAAAGGUUCAGUCCAAGGUGAACCUGAAGUAUGACUCUUGGCACAAGGAGGUUCUUAGCAAGUUUGGACAGAUGCUGGGCAACAACAUGCAGGACUUCCACUCUCAGAUCUCCAAGUCUCGUCAAGAGCUGGAGCAGCACUCCGUGGACACGGCCAGUACCUCUGACGCCGUGACCUUCAUCACCUACGUCCAGACCCUCAAGCGCAAGAUCAAACAGUUCGAGAAACAAGUCGACCUCUUCCGCAAUGGCCAAAGGCUCUUGGAGAAGCAGCGUUUCCAGUUCCCGCCCUCUUGGCUGUACAUCGACAACAUCGAGGGCGAGUGGGGAGCCUUCAGCGACAUCAUGAAGCGUAAGGACACGGCUAUACAGCAGCAGGUGGCCAACCUGCAGAUGAAGAUCGUCCAGGAGGACAGGGCCGUGGAGAACCGCACAACUGACCUGCUCAACGACUGGGAAAAGACCAAACCAGUGGCUGGGAGCCUGCGUCCCGAGGAGGCCCUCCAGUCGCUCACCAUCUACGAGGGCAAGUUCGGGCGGCUGAAGGACGACAGGGAGAGGUGCGCCAAGGCUAAGGAGGCCCUGGAGCUGACCGACACGGGCCUGCUCAGCGGCAGCGAGGAGAGAGUACAGGUGGCGCUAGAGGAGCUGCAGGAUCUGAAGGGUGUGUGGUCUGAGCUGUCCAAGGUCUGGGAACAGAUUGACCAGAUGAAAGAACAACCAUGGGUCUCAGUGCAGCCACGCAAGCUGCGUCAAAGUUUGGACGCCCUCCUGAAUCAGCUGAAGAACUUCCCAGCUCGUCUCAGGCAGUACGCAUCAUACGAAUACGUUCAGAGGCUUCUCAAAGGAUACAUGAAGGUGAACAUGCUGGUGAUUGAGCUGAAGUCGGAGGCCCUGAAGGACCGGCACUGGAAACAGCUGAUGAAGCGUCUCCAUGUGAACUGGGUCCUGUCAGAACUGAGCCUGGGUCAGAUCUGGGAUGUGGACCUGCAGAAGAACGAGAUGGUGGUUAAGGAUGUCCUCUUGGUCGCCCAGGGAGAGAUGGCCCUGGAGGAAUUCCUCAAGCAGAUCCGAGAGGUGUGGAACUCGUACGAGCUGGACCUGGUGAAUUACCAGAAUAAGUGCCGUCUAAUUCGUGGAUGGGACGACCUGUUCAACAAGGUCAAAGAGCACAUCAACAGCGUGUCGGCCAUGAAGCUCUCCCCGUACUACAAGGUGUUUGAGGAGGAUGCUCUGAGCUGGGAGGACAAGCUGAACCGGAUCAUGGCUCUGUUCGACGUUUGGAUUGACGUUCAGAGACGCUGGGUCUACCUGGAAGGCAUCUUCACCGGCAGCGCUGACAUCAAACACCUCCUCCCUGUGGAGACGCAGCGCUUCCAGAGCAUCAGCACAGAAUUCCUGGCUCUGAUGAAGAAAGUGACGAAGUCUCCGCUCGUCAUGGACGUGCUGAACAUCCAGGGCGUUCAGAGGUCUCUGGAACGCCUGGCCGACCUGCUCGGAAAGAUCCAGAAAGCACUCGGAGAGUACCUGGAGAGAGAGCGAUCCUCCUUCCCAAGGUUCUACUUUGUCGGUGACGAAGACCUGCUGGAGAUCAUCGGUAACAGCAAGAAUGUGGCCAAACUGCAGAAGCACUUCAAGAAGAUGUUCGCCGGCGUGUCCAGCAUCCUGCUGAGCGAGGACAACACCGAGGUCCUCGGAAUCUCCUCCCGCGAGGGAGAGGAGAUUCUGUACAAGACGCCCGUGUCGAUCACGGAACACCCCAAGAUUAACGAGUGGCUGACCCUGGUGGAGAAGGAGAUGAGGGUGACCUUGGCCAAGCUGCUGGCGGAGUCGGUCACCGAGGUCGGAGCCUUCAACAAGGGCACCGCCAUCGACCUCGGCUCCUACAUCGACUGGAUCGACCGCUACCAGGCCCAGCUGGUCGUCUUGUCCGCCCAGAUUAACUGGUCCGAGAACGUGGAGUCUGCCCUGACCACCAUCUCGGGCAGCGGGGACAUGGCUCCGCUGCAGAGCGUGCUGUCCAACGUGGAGGCCACUCUGAACCUGCUGGCCGACACCGUGCUGAUGGAGCAGCCCCCCAUCCGCAGGAAGAAACUCGAGCAUCUGAUCACGGAGCUCGUCCACCAGCGCGACGUCACCAGGACCCUGAUCAGGAACAAAAUCGACAACCCCAAGUCCUUCGAGUGGCUCAGUCAGAUGCGUUUCUACUUCGACCCCAAACAGACCGACGUGCUCCAGCAGCUCUCCAUCCAGAUGGCCAACGCCAAGUUCAACUACGGCUUUGAGUACCUGGGCGUGCAGGACAAGCUGGUCCAGACCCCCCUGACGGACCGGUGCUAUCUCACCAUGACACAGGCUCUGGAGGCCAGGCUGGGCGGGUCCCCGUUCGGUCCUGCUGGAACAGGAAAGACUGAGUCAGUCAAAGCGCUCGGCCAUCAGCUGGGACGUUUCGUCUUGGUCUUCAACUGCGACGAGACCUUUGACUUCCAGGCAAUGGGCCGUAUUUUCGUGGGUCUGUGUCAGGUCGGGGCCUGGGGCUGCUUCGAUGAGUUUAACCGUCUGGAGGAGAGGAUGCUCUCUGCUGUCUCUCAGCAGGUGCAGUACAUCCAGGUGGCCCUGAGAGAACACAGCAACCCCAACCGAGACAGGAGUGUGCCAAUCACCACGGAGCUGCUGAACAAGCAGGUGAAGGUGAGCCCUGAGAUGGCCAUCUUCAUCACCAUGAACCCCGGCUACGCCGGCCGCUCCAACCUGCCCGACAACCUGAAGAAGCUGUUCCGCAGCUUGGCCAUGACCAAACCCGACCGCCAGCUCAUCGCUCAGGUCAUGCUCUACUCUCAGGGCUUCCGCACCGCCGAGACCCUCGCCAAAAAGAUCGUCCCCUUCUUCAAGUUGUGUGACGAGCAGUUGUCCUCCCAGAGUCACUACGAUUUCGGUCUGCGUGCUCUGAAGAGUGUGCUCAUUAGCGCUGGAAACGUGAAGCGCGAACGCAUCCAGAAGAUAAAACGGGAGAAGUGUGAACGUGGUGAGGAUGUGGAUGAGAACGAGAUCGCCGAGAACCUUCCGGAACAGGAGAUCCUGAUCCAGAGCGUGUGUGAAACCAUGGUCCCGAAGCUGGUUGCCGAGGACAUUCCCCUGUUGUUCAGCCUGCUGUCUGACGUGUUCCCUGGCGUGCAGUACAUGCGCGGAGAGAUGACGGCACUGCGGGAGGAGCUGAAGAAGGUGUGCACGGAGAUGUACCUGACCUACGGCGACGGAGAUGACGUCGGCAGCAUGUGGGUGGAGAAGGUUCUCCAGCUGUACCAGAUCACUCAGAUCAACCACGGCCUGAUGAUGGUGGGUCCGUCCGGCAGCGGCAAAACCAUGGCCUGGCGCGUUCUCCUCAAAGCUCUGGAGAGACUGGAGGGCGUGGAGGGUGUGGCCCACAUCAUCGACCCCAAAGCCAUAAGCAAGGACCACCUGUACGGAACGCUGGACCCCAACACCCGAGAAUGGACUGACGGUCUUUUCACACACGUGCUCAGAAAGAUCAUUGACAACGUGCGUGGGGAGCUGCAGAAACGUCAGUGGAUCAUCUUCGACGGUGACGUCGAUCCGGAAUGGGUAGAGAACUUGAACUCUGUCCUGGACGACAACAAACUCCUCACCCUGCCCAACGGAGAGCGUCUCAGCUUGCCUCCAAAUGUGCGAAUCAUGUUUGAGGUUCAGGAUCUGAAGUACGCCACCCUGGCCACCGUGUCUCGCUGCGGCAUGGUGUGGUUCAGCGAAGACGUCCUCAGCACCGACAUGAUCUUCAACAACUUCCUGUGCCGCCUGCGCAGCAUCCCAUUGGACGAGGGUGAGGACGAGGCCCAGCGCAUGCGUAAGGGGACGGAGGACGAGGGAGAGGAAGCCGCCUCCCCUAUGCUGCAGAUCCAGAGGGAUGCGGCGGCGGUCCUGCAGCCCUACUUCACCUCCACGGGCCUGGUGAUCAAGGCUCUGGAACACGCCUCUAAGAUGGAGCACAUCAUGGACUUCACCCGCCUGCGCUGCAUGGGCUCUCUCUUCUCCAUGCUCCACCAGGCCUGCAGGAACGUAGCCCUCUACAACAACAACCACCCGGACUUCCCCAUGCCCGUGGACCAGCUGGAGAAAUACAUGCAGAAAUAUCUGAUUUAUGCCGUGCUGUGGUCCUUCUCUGGAGACGGAAGACUGAAGAUGAGGGCGGAGCUUGGAGAGUACAUCCGACGAAUCACCACCAUUCCCCUCCCCUCUGCACCCAACAUACCAAUCAUCGACUACGAGGUGUCUAUCACCGGCGAGUGGCAGUCCUGGCAGGGCAAGGUGCCCCAGAUCGAGGUGGAGACCCAUAAAGUGGCCUCCCCUGACGUGGUGGUGCCCACGCUGGACACGGUCCGCCACGAGGCCCUGCUCUACACCUGGCUGGCAGAACACAAGCCCCUGGUUCUGUGCGGACCGCCUGGUUCUGGUAAAACCAUGACCCUCUUCAGUGCCCUGCGAGCCCUGCCUGAUAUGGAGGUUGUGGGUCUGAACUUCUCCAGUGCUACGACCCCAGAGCUGCUGCUGAAGACCUUUGAUCAUUACUGUGAGUACAGGCGUACCCCUAACGGAGUGGUCCUGGCCCCCGUGCAGCUGGGCAAGUGGCUGGUUCUGUUCUGUGACGAGAUCAACCUGCCUGACAUGGACAAAUACGGAACCCAGAGAGUCAUCUCCUUCAUCAGACAGAUGGUGGAGCACGGAGGGUUCUAUCGCACGUCGGACCAGACCUGGGUUAAACUGGAGAGGAUCCAGUUUGUGGGCGCUUGCAACCCGCCCACUGACCCCGGCAGGAAGCCCCUGUCUCACAGGUUCUUGCGUCAUGUCCCGGUGGUGUACGUGGACUACCCCGGUCCCGCCUCUCUGACCCAGAUCUACGGAACCUUCAACCGAGCCAUGCUGAGGCUCAUUCCCUCACUCCGCACCUACGCCGAACCACUCACUGCCGCCAUGGUGGAGUUCUACACCAUGUCGCAGGAGCGUUUUACUCAGGACACCCAACCGCACUACAUCUACUCCCCCAGAGAGAUGACCCGCUGGGUCAGGGGAAUCUUCGAGGCCCUGCGUCCCCUGGAGACGCUCCCUGUGGAGGGGCUGAUCCGGAUCUGGGCCCACGAGGCGCUCCGUCUCUUCCAGGACAGGCUGGUGGAGGAUGAGGAGCGGCGUUGGACAGACGAGAACAUCGACACCGUGGCUCUGAAACACUUCCCGAACAUCGACCGCGACAAGGCCCUGAACAGACCCAUCCUCUACAGCAACUGGCUCUCAAAGGACUACAUCCCGGUGGAGCAGGAGGAGCUGAGGGAUUACGUCAAAGCCCGUCUGAAGGUCUUCUACGAGGAGGAGCUGGACGUUCCGCUGGUGCUCUUCAACGAGGUCCUAGACCACGUGCUGAGGAUCGACCGAAUCUUCCGUCAGCCUCAGGGCCAUCUGCUCCUCAUUGGUGUCAGUGGUGCCGGGAAGACAACGCUGUCCCGCUUCGUGGCGUGGAUGAAUGGUCUGAGUGUGUACCAGAUCAAGGUUCACAGGAAGUACACGGGCGAGGACUUCGACGAGGACCUGCGAACGGUGCUGCGUCGCUCGGGCUGUAAGAACGAGAAGAUCGCCUUCAUCAUGGACGAGUCCAACGUCCUGGACUCGGGCUUCCUGGAGCGCAUGAACACGCUGCUCGCCAACGGAGAGGUCCCCGGUCUGUUUGAGGGAGACGAGUACGCCACUCUGAUGACCCAGUGUAAGGAAGGCGCGCAGAAAGAGGGCCUGAUGCUGGACACUCACGAGGAGCUGUACAAGUGGUUCACCAGUCAGGUCAUCCGAAACCUGCACGUGGUCUUCACCAUGAACCCGUCCUCCGAGGGCCUGAAGGACCGCGCCGCCACCUCCCCCGCCCUCUUCAACAGAUGUGUGCUGAACUGGUUUGGAGACUGGUCCACCGAGGCCCUGUACCAAGUGGGCAAAGAGUUCACCAGUAAGAUGGACCUGGAGAAGCCCAACUACAAAGUGCCCGACUACAUGCCCAUCGUCUAUGAGAAACUGCCCCAGCCGCCGACACACCGUGAGGCCAUCGUCAACAGCUGUGUGUUUGUUCACCAGACGCUGCACCAGGCAAAUAACCGCCUGGCCAAACGCGGUGGCCGCACCAUGGCCAUCACCCCGCGUCACUACCUGGACUUCAUCAACCACUACGCCAACCUGUUCAACGAGAAACGCAGCGAACUGGAGGAGCAGCAGAUGCACCUCAACGUCGGCCUGCGCAAGAUCAAAGAGACCGUGGAUCAGGUUGAGGAGCUGCGCAGGGACCUAAGGAUCAAGAGCCAGGAGCUGGAGCUGAAAAACGCAGCCGCCAACGACAAGCUGAAGAAGAUGGUGAAAGACCAGCAGGAGGCAGAGAAGAAAAAGGUGAUGAGCCAGGAGAUACAGGAAGCUGUUUAUAAGCAGCAGGAAGUGAUCAAGGACAAGCAGCUGAGGGUGAAACAGGAUCUGGACCAAGUGGAACCGGCUGUGAUUGAGGCCCAGAACGCUGUUAAGUCCAUUAAGAAGCAGCACCUGGUGGAGGUACGUUCCAUGGCCAACCCGCCCGCGGCGGUGAAGCUGGCCCUGGAGUCCAUCUGCCUUCUGCUCGGGGAGAGCACCACGGACUGGAAGCAGAUCCGCUCCAUCAUUAUGCGGGAGAACUUCAUCCCAACCAUUGUUAACUUUUCCGCUGAAGAGAUCAGUGACUCCAUCCGUGAGAAGAUGAAGAAGAACUACAUGUCCAACCCCAGCUACAACUACGAGCAGGUUAACAGGGCGUCUCUGGCAUGCGGUCCUAUGGUGAAAUGGGCCAUUGCUCAGCUGAACUACGCUGACAUGCUGAAGCGUGUGGAGCCUCUGCGUAAUGAGCUGCAGAAGCUGGAGGACGACGCCAAGGACAAUAAGACGAAGGCGGAGGAGGUGGAGCAGAUGAUCCGCGACCUGGAGGCCAGUAUCGCUCGCUAUAAGGAGGAGUACGCGGUGCUUAUCUCGGAGGCCCAGGCCAUUAAGGCCGACCUCGCCGCCGUGGAGGCUAAGGUGAACCGCAGCACAGCGCUGCUGAAGAGCUUGUCUGCCGAGAGGGAACGCUGGGAGAACACCAGCGAGACCUUUAAGAACCAGAUGUCCACCAUCGCCGGCGACUGCCUUCUGUCGGCGGCCUUCAUCGCCUACGCCGGCUACUUCGACCAGCAGAUGAGACAGAACCUCUUCACCACCUGGUCCCACCACCUGCAGCAGGCCAACAUCAUGUUCCGCACUGACAUCGCCCGUACCGAGUACCUGUCCAACGCGGACGAGAGGCUCCGCUGGCAGGCCAACUCGCUGCCCGCCGACGACCUCUGCACGGAGAACGCCAUCAUGCUCAAGAGGUUCAACAGGUACCCAUUGAUCAUCGACCCAUCCGGUCAGGCCACAGAGUUCAUCAUGAACGAAUACAAGGACCGCAAGAUCACCCGCACCAGCUUCCUGGACGACGCCUUCCGGAAGAAUCUGGAGAGCGCCCUGAGGUUCGGAAACCCGCUGCUUGUGCAGGACGUGGAGAGUUACGACCCGAUCCUGAACCCGGUGCUGAACAGAGAGGUCCGCAGGACCGGAGGCCGAGUCCUCAUCACUCUGGGAGAUCAGGACAUCGACUUGUCUCCCUCGUUCGUCAUCUUCCUCUCCACCAGAGAUCCAACGGUUGAGUUCCCUCCUGACCUGUGUUCUCGCGUGACCUUCGUGAACUUCACGGUGACACGCAGCAGUUUGCAGAGUCAGUGUCUGAACGAGGUGCUGAAGGCGGAGAGACCCGACGUUGACGAGAAACGCUCCGACCUCCUCAAACUGCAGGGUGAGUUUCAGCUGCGUCUGCGUCAGCUGGAAAAGUCGCUGUUGCAGGCCCUAAACGAGGUCAAGGGUCGUAUCCUCGACGACGACACCAUCAUCACCACCCUGGAGAACCUGAAGAAGGAGGCGGCGGAGGUGACCCGGAAGGUGGAGGAGACAGACAUAGUCAUGCAGGAGGUGGAGACGGUCUCUCAGCAGUACCUGUCGCUGUCCUCCGCUUGCAGCAGCAUCUACUUCACCAUGGAGGCCCUCAACCAGAUGCACUUCCUGUACCAGUACUCUCUGCACUUCUUCCUGGACAUUUACCAUACAGUUCUGUAUGAGAACACCAACCUGAAGAGCAUCAGCGACCACACGCAGCGCCUCUCGGUCAUCACCAAGGACCUGUUCCAGAUCGCUUUUAACCGUGUGGCCCGGGGAAUGCUGCACCAGGACCACAUCACUUUUGCAGUGCUGUUGGCCAGGAUCAAUCUGAAGGGCAUGACCAGCGAGCCGGCGUACGACGCCGAGUUCCAGCACUUCCUGCGCGGUAAAGAGAUCGUGCUGACGGGGACCACGGUGCCGAAGGUGAAGGGUCUGAGCACAGAGCAGAGCGAGGCCAUGGUGCGUCUCAGCCGACUCCCCGCCUUUAAGGACCUGGUCGCCAAAGUGCAGGCGGACGAGCAAUUCUUCAUGUGGCUGGAGAGUAACUCCCCGGAGCUCUCCGUGCCCUAUCUCUGGGCAGAGGAGAAGACAUCCACUCCCAUUGGUCAGGCGGUGCACCAGCUGUUGCUGAUCCAGGCGUUCAGGCCUGACAGACUGUUGGCCAUGUCUCAUAUCUUCGUGUCCAAGGUCUUGGGAGAGAGCUUCAUGUCCAUCAUCGAACAGCCCCUUGACUUGGCCAACAUUGUGGACAGCGAGGUGAAGCCAAGCACACCUGUGCUGAUGUGCUCCGUGCCCGGUUACGAUGCCAGCGGACUGGUCCGAGACCUCGCCGCCGAGCAGAACAAACACAUCACGUCCAUCUCCAUCGGAUCAGCCGAAGGCUUCAACAAAGCCGACCGUGACAUCAACACUGCAGUCAAAUCCGGCAGGUGGGUGAUGUUGGAGAACGUCCACCUGGCUCCUGGUUGGUUGAUGCAGCUGGAGAAGAAGCUUCACUCCAUGCAGCCUCACGCCAGCUUCCGUCUCUUCCUCACCAUGGAGAUCAACCCCAAGGUUCCCGUGAACCUCCUGCGUGCCGGCCGGAUCUUUGUGUUUGAGCCUCCUCCUGGUGUCAAGGCCAACAUGCUCAGGACCUUCAGCAGCAUCCCGGUGGCCCGCAUGUGCAAGGCUCCUAACGAACGUGCGCGUCUGUACUUCCUCCUGGCUUGGUUCCACGCCGUCAUCCAGGAGCGUCUGCGCUACGCUCCUCUGGGCUGGUCCAAAAAGUACGAGUUCGGAGAGUCCGACCUGCGAUCUGCCUGCGACACCGUGGACACCUGGUUGGACGACACCGCUAAGGGUCGACAGAACAUCUCUCCAGACAAGAUUCCGUGGACGGCUCUGAAGACCCUGAUGGCCCAGUCCAUCUACGGCGGCCGUAUCGAUAACGAGUUCGACCAGCGGCUCCUCAUCACCUUCCUGGAGCGCCUCUUCACCACGGGCAGCUUCGACAGCGAGUUUAAACUCGCCUUCAAAGUGGACGGGCACAAGGACAUCAAGAUGCCUGACGGCAUUCGGCGUGAGGAGUUUAUGCACUGGGUUGAGCUGCUCCCGGACACCCAGACUCCAUCCUGGCUGGGGUUGCCUAGCAACGCUGAGAGGGUCCUGCUUACAACUCAGGGCACGGACAUGAUGGGUAAGCUGCUGAAAAUGCAGAUGUUGGAGGAUGAGGAUGACCUGGCCUACGAGACGGAGAAGAAGCAGCGGACCAGCUCCUCGUCCGACGCCCAGCCCGCCUGGAUGAGAACUCUCCACACCACCGCCUCCAACUGGCUGCAGCUCAUCCCGCUGUCUGUCAGCCCCCUCAAACGCACCGUGGAGAACAUCAAGGAUCCCCUGUUCCGUUUCUUCGAGCGCGAGGUGAAAAUGGGAGCUCGCAUGCUUCAGGACGUGCGUCAGGACCUGACCGACGUGGUGCAGGUCUGCGAGGGCAAGAAGAAACAGACCAACGUCCUUCGCACGCUCAUCAACGACCUUGUCAAAGGAAUUCUCCCGCGUAGCUGGUGCCGCUACACUGUCCCUGCCUCCAUGACUGUGAUCCAGUGGGUGGCCGACUUUAGUGAGCGCAUUAAACAGCUGCAGCAGAUCUCUCAGGCAGCAGCCACCGGGGGCGCCAAAGAGCUGAAGAACAUCCACGUGUGUCUUGGCAGUCUCUUUGUGCCCGAGGCUUACAUCACAGCCACGCGUCAGUAUGUGGCCCAGGCCAACAGCUGGUCUCUGGAGGAGCUCUGCCUGGAAGUCAACGUGACCACCUCCCAGGGCGCCGCGCUCGACGCCUGCAGCUUCGGCAUCAAAGGUCUGAAGCUUCAGGGAGCCACAUGCACCAAUAACAAGCUCUCCCUGUCCACGGCCAUCUCCACCGAGCUGCCCCUGACCCAGCUCCGCUGGAUGAAACAGGGCAACGCUGAGAAGAGGAACAUGGUCACUCUGCCCGUAUAUCUCAACUUCACCCGCGCUGAUCUCAUCUUCACGGUGGACUUUGACAUCGCCACUAAAGAAGACCCGCAUAACUUCUACGAGCGCGGUGUGGCCAUCCUCUGCACCGAGUGAACAGGACUCCUCUGAUCUCAGCUCCACUAUAAUAAACCAUUCCUCAUUAACCUUAAUCUUUCCUUUAGUUAGUGUGUGCUUUCAUUAUAGACUAAAAACAAACCAAAACGCGCAGUAGAUGUAGUAGAAGCAAGCUUGCAUUUUAAAAACAUAAUUGUUUUUGUGGGAAGGAAUUCAUAAGGUGAAAGGCAUGUUGGUUGAUGGCUUGUGUAUGGAGUAAGGAAAGGCCUGAGAAAAGGAUGUGAGCAUUUUAAAAGAGGGAAUCUGUGUUUUAAGAAGGAUUAAAAAAAAUGUAUGUUGAGUA